ACCUCAACGUUAAUUCUAUCAUUUCAUAUUGUAGUGAAUCCAAAUUAACUCAGCUGACACAAGAUGCUUUCGGAGGCAACUGUAAAACUCGGGUCAUUUGUUGCCUACUCCCAGAGCCAGAAACCCAGCAGCUGGCUGCCAUCUUAAGAACGUGUUCCACCCUCACUCAAGUGAAGAACUUCCCCGUACUGAAUGACAACUUUGUUGAGUCACUGGUGACCCAGUACCGAGCGCAAAUCUUGGCAUUGCAACAUCGGUCGGCCGAUGCAAUGGGAACCAAAGAUGCAAACGAGAAAGUCAACACACUCAAGGAUCAGAUUCGUCGAUUGAACGAUGAAAACGUACAGCUACGAGAUAGGAAUGAACGUUUGUACAACAAACUCGGAGAGCUCCAGGGGAGAAUGGGACAGAUGGCUGGAUCAAAAAAUGACCUCUCCUCCAAACUCGUGUUCAGUGAGGAAGAAAAACUGAAGAUUUCCAAGGAUCUGAUUGAUUUGCAAAUCCAGACAAACAAGAUUCAGGAGCAAUAUGAAGCUGAGAACUUUGAGCUUAAGAAUAAGAUUUUAUUCCUUGAAAACAGAACAAUGGAGCUAGAAUUGCAGAAGGACAAAUGUGCACAUGAGUGUCGGAUGGCUAAGGAUCGUCUGAGAGCAGUGGAGAGAAACCAUAAGGAACUGGCAGACGAGUACAUUGUCCUGAAGAGCAAUUAUGUGACCCUGAGUAAACGGCAUGAAAAUGAGGUCGCGAAAAAUGACGAGCUGAGCUUGGAGUUAUUGAAUUUGGCCAAAUCUAAGAAUUCGCUGACCAGGAACCAGGACGAGUAUGCAAAAUCCCAAGCCAUUUAUGAUGAAGCUGCAGCUGAGUUAAACAGAGUAAGGGAUCUUGUUGCUCGGCUCAGUAGCCAGAAGAUGAAGCCUGAAGAGGUGUUCGUUUCUGAAUCUGAGCGUGCCACGCUUGAAAGAAAUUUGCUAGGUAACCAGGAUCAGAUCAAGGAGCAAAUAGAAAUAAUGAAGCAAACCCAUGAGAAACAGCAAAAUGCAAUGGAAGAACAAAU